AUGGUCGUGACAUUUUUGCAGGACCUGGAAGUUUUGCAAGAUGCAUUAUUAAAUAAUUUGCAAAAAUUAAGUGCAAUCUCCCGCAGAAAAGAAAGCGGAGAAAGCAAGCAUGAUAAUAAGGACAGUUUUGCAGCCAUUGCCAACGAACACAAUGAUGAAGAAGAAGAGAUUGAAUUUGAGGAUUUGGUGAAUAUUAUAGAGAGCAAAGUUUCAGAUUUCGAAUCGGUACUGAAAUGUAGUAUUGUGGAAAUGACCUACAAAUACCCCGAAUUAAAAUUACAGUGGGAAAAAAGCCCUAGAUACGAUCAAUGCGAUAAGUUGCAUAUUGUGAAGCUUGAUAAACAAAUGAACGAGGACAUAUAUGCUCAGUUGGUCGAAGAACUGGAUUUCGUGUUGCAAUUCGUCGAUUGGUUCUAUUGCUACCGCCUGAAAGUCAAAGAGAUUCUACGACAACACCACAAACGUGACUUAGCUUGGAACGACGAGAAAAGAGACCGCGCUAUAAAAUUUCACGCUGUGGAUUACGACAAGCUUCACCAAGGAACGUCGUCAUCGUCAAGCUUAACGUCCACAUCGAUGGAAAAAGCCAGCACUAGAGAGAAGCUUUUGAGCAAAACAAAACAACUGACGAAUAACUUGGUGAGAGGAAAUCAAAUUUUGCAGUCCGGAAUUUUACAAAGUGACCUGAAUUUGGAUGAAUUGAGAGCCCAAACCAAUUCCUUAACACAAAUCGAUGACAAGUACACUCAAUUCGAAACCGUCUUCAAGAAAACUGCCGAUUUGGUCAAAGUACUGGAAAAUGCCUCCCAUCAAGAGAAACGAGAUGUCUAUUUAUCACUUGGGUUCCUCCUAUGCUGCGUCUCGUGGGUUCUAUGGCGUCGUAUUUUCAAGUUACCUGUUAAACUCGGCCUCUGGCUGCUAUUCAAGUUUUUCAAGGGUAUACUCGUCACCCUAGGUCUAGUUAAAAGCUAUGCAGGCUCCUCGUCCUCUCUUCAAGCACCCAGUCUUGUGCUAAAUGCACCCAUUCUAGCCACUACAACUACAUCCUCAGCAACCUCUGUGGAACCAUUCGCAUCUGUAUCAGCCGUCAGUAGUAUCCAGCGGGCUGUCGAUGAGGCCGUGGACAGGAUCGUCUCACAUGAUGAGCUAUGA